CUGAGAGGGGCGGGAGCCGCGCGCAGAUCCCACGUGUGACGCUAGGGCUCCCGGUUCGGUAAUAUUCGUUGAGCUGGGGCUGCAGUGCCCGUGUGUGUGUGUAUGCGUGUGUUUGGAGUUGGUUGGGCUUUGAGCUAUGGAAGCGGACGCAAGUCAAGUCACCUCUGGAAGUCCGAAUGAUUCGCAACACGACCCGGGUAAAAUGUUUAUCGGUGGCCUCAGCUGGCAAACCUCACCAGACAGCCUUAGAGACUAUUUCAGUAAAUUCGGAGAGAUCAGAGAAUGUAUGGUGAUGCGCGACCCCACAACUAAACGCUCCAGAGGGUUUGGCUUCAUCACGUUUGCAGAUGUUUCCAGUGUAGAUAAAGUCUUAGCGCAACCCCACCACGAAUUAGACUCCAAGACGAUUGAUCCUAAGGUUGCCUUUCCUCGACGCGCUCAACCCAAGAUGGUCACAAGAACAAAGAAAAUAUUUGUGGGUGGAUUAUCAGCAAGCACAGUCGUUGAAGAUGUGAAACAGUAUUUUGAACAGUUCGGAAAGGUAGAGGAUGCCAUGCUAAUGUUUGACAAAACUACAAACAGACAUAGAGGCUUCGGCUUCGUAACGUUCGAGAAUGAAGACAUUGUAGAGAAAGUCUGCGAAAUUCAUUUUCACGAAAUCAAUAAUAAAAUGGUAGAAUGUAAGAAGGCCCAACCAAAGGAGGUGAUGUUUCCUCCAGGCACGAGGGGGAGGGCGAGAAGUCUUCCGUACACCAUGGACGCCUUCAUGCUGGGCAUGGGCAUGUUGAGUUACCCAAACAUUGUGGCAACAUACGGUCGAGGAUACACAGGAUUUUCUCCUAGCUACAGUUACCAGUUUCCAGGUUUCCCGGCGACGGCGUAUGGACCCGUGGCGGCAGCAGCAGUGGCGGCAGCGCGAGGCUCAGGUAGGGCGACCCGGGGAAGAAGCGGCUACAGGGCGUACCCACAGAACGCAGGGCCAGGGUUCCCCGAUUACGGCUUUUAUUCUGGGCCCGGUGACCAGCGGGGCGCCCCCUGCUCCUUUGCUGACUAUGCCACCCUGGGUCCCCAUACGGGUCAGAUGCUUCAAAGCGAGCACGUCACCUCUACCUGCAACUCACCCUCCCAGCACCACCCAAGCCCAGACCACUUUAAGAGCUCAGGUGCUAACCCUCCACGGCCUGGAGGUUUCCCCGGUGCAAACAGUCCUGGGCCCGUGGCAGACUUGUAUGGCCCCAGCAGUCAGGACUCAGCAGUGGGAAAUUACAUCAGUGCUGCCAGCCCUCAGCCGGGCUCCGGGUUCAAUCACAGUAUCGCAGGUCCUUUGAUCGCCACAGCAUUUACAAAUGGAUACCACUGAAAGCUAAACGGAGAUGCGGCACCAUCUCAUUGAAGAGUUUAUCGGGAGGCCCUGGGAUAAUGGCCGGAUUCUCUGAUUGGUUCGUGUACAGUUGAUGUCAUUUAGACUUCAAGCACUACAGGUUUUGAUUGGUGAAUGGACAAAGACGGUGGAACCAAACAGAGAGGACAAGAAAAAUACGAUCAUCUCAGAAAACAAACAUCACAACUGCUGUAACUGUAAUCCAACCCUCCUGUCACUGCAGGACAUUUUUCUUUUUUACACGCUUUUUUCUUUCUGUAUGCUUUUUAAAUGACUUCAGCUUUUAGGAAAACUUACUUAGAUGAGUGAAUUAUUCAGUUGCGAUUUGUCACAAUUCCCCCGACCCCCCACCACCUCGAAAUUUUGUUGCCAGUGAACCUUUAUUUUUGCACAUAUGGACAGACACCGUGCUGAAAGACACCAUGUCAUUUAUCUGUUGGAAAAAAGAAAAAAACCUUAGUAGCUGUUUUUAAUUGUGAAGUCUCAUUGUUGAUCAUAAUGACCUAUUUUUGGGCAAUACAGAGGGAGAGGACUCCAAUAUUUUUAUGGUCCUUUUUAUAUAUAUCUAUAUAUAUCUAUCUAUCUGUGUGUUGUUGUUGUCAUUUAGGAAAAAAAAAAAAAAAAAAGUAUACUGUAACUCCCCCACCCCACCCCUCCAAUGAAAACAUGGUGAUUUAAAUAUAAGAGAAAUGUAAAUGUAAAUAUACUUCACUGCAUAUAAUCGGUUCAGGCAUAUUUUUUUUUGGUAGUGUUUCGGGAAAAAAAAAAUCAGGGUGAAAUUAAUCGACAGUAUGACGGUGAAAAAAAUGAAUACAUUGAUUUCUUAAAUUAUUGUAUACACAUGAGCUGAAUCAUUUUACAGGUGUAAUACCAGCAUACACUCAUGCACAUGAUAACAUGAGCUGAAACUUUCCAAAACACCACUCCCGUCCAAAGCACACUGUGUGUAGUGAUCAACGAAAAGACUUUUUCUUGUGUUCUGCACAUUCUGACACUUUUAUACUCCUGAGGAAAAAAAGAAGAAACUUACUAUGUUGUCUGUUGUUGUUAAUGUUGUCUAAUAGAGGACGUUCCUCUUGAUUUUGGAACCUGUCGUGGACUGUACGUGAACGAAACUGUUUAUUUCUCUUUUGGCUGAAGAAGGCAAACGUUUUUAAUGAAUCAUACCUCAGUCCUGUGAGAUUUAAUUUAUUCAGAGCAGAUCAAGUGUACAGAGGAAGCUUUGCACUGUGUACAAAAAGAACGACCGUUUUCUCUUUGCACAUGCUAGCUGUCACGAGUGACCUUACAGAGAUUUGAUGUAUGAAAAAUUGUUCAGUGAAUGUUGCUUUUAUUUUUCUGCCGCUGGCGUCCAGAACGCAGGUUGAGAAGAAGCCAAACGAAAAGCAAUCUAUUACUGGUGCGCUUAAGAUUUCAUUUCAAGGACAUAGCAAACCUUUUAUCUGAAAUAUUGACGUAUUUUAAUAUACAGCCAGUUGAAGACACUGAAAAAAAAAAAUGUUGACCUGAAACCCGGAGCUGCUGAUUUGUUUUCUUUCAAGUUGAAAAGCUGUUUUAGGUCAAACACGCAUUUAUAUAUAUGUAUAUAUACAUAUACAUAUAUAUACAUAUAUAUAUGCAGAUUUUUAAUGUUAAAUGAUCUGAUAUGUAUAUUCUGAUGUAAAUGUGUCUUUUUUUCCUGCUGAAGAUGUAAACUGUUUUGUUUGAUGACUUUUGUUUUAUUUGGUGUAGUCUGGUGGCCGGAGGCAAACGCACUAAACGUCAAAGCCUCGAAAAGAUUUACUGAUCCAGUCACGUAAUAUUUAAACAACUGAAAGGAAUGGAGUGAGGAAAGAAAACUAUUGUAAUGUUCAAAUGUAAAAGAAAAAUGUAAAAAUGAAACAUUAAAAACGAAACCAAGAUGUUUGUUCACUGA